AGCUCCGACAACUUGUACUUACUUGUUUUUUUCCAUGGCUUUGAUGAAUGGUUUGUGAUGCCUGGUAUGGAAUAUAAAAGAGAUGCUGGGUAGGCAGGGAAUCAGGGUGCUACUGUGUCUGGUGCUGAGGAAAAAACAGGUGCUCUCAAAAAAAGGAAACAUAAUGGAUUUUAUUCACACAUCAGGUGUCCUAACUAUACAGCAUCUGCAGAACAACUACAGAGAGUACGACAGCUUCCUUAGCUUCAUGUCAAGAGUGGGUGAUCCUCGUAAUAUUUUCUCUGUCUAUUUCCCGCUUUGGUUCCAUCUGAGUCAUAAUGUUGGUACCAAGAUGAUAUGGGUGGCUGUUGUUGGGGACUGGUUCAAUCUGAUUUUCAAGUGGAUUCUGCAUGGGCAGAGACCUUAUUGGUGGGUUCAUGAAACCCACUUGUUCCAGAAUUGCUCAAAGCCUCAUUUGGAUCAGUUUCACAUUACCUGUGAAACGGGGCCUGGUAGCCCAUCUGGUCACGCCAUGGGCUCAUCAUGUGUGUGGUAUGUGAUGGUCACUUCUACUCUAAACUUCGCCAGAUCCUCCUGCGCCUCCUCUGCCUGGAGUUCUCAAAGGUUUUAUCUCUUGAGGUCCAUUUUGUGGAUGGCUUUCUGGUUUGUUCAAAUUAAUGUUUGCAUUUCCAGAGUCUUCAUUGCAACACACUUCCCUCAUCAGGUUCUCCUUGGUCUCCUCAUUGGCAUGCUUGUUGCUGAGGCAUUUGACCAUAUCCCCUGGAUCUAUAACGCUACCCUUAAACUUUACCUCCAGGUCAAUGGUUUUCUUCUCUCGUUUGCUGUGUUCUUUUAUUUACUCCUAAAGCUUCUGGACUUUGAUCCUUUGUGGUCAGUCACAAAAGCCAAGAGUUGGUGCGUAAAUCCAGACUGGAUCCACCUAGACACCACGCCGUUUGCCGGACUUUGGAGGAACCUGGGUGCCUUAUUCGGUCUGGGACUUGCAUUGAACUCAGAGAUGUUUAUUCAGAGCUGUAAAGGGAAGAACAGCUGUAAGAGUAUAUUUAAACUUAUGUGCAUGACAGCUAAUCUUACCUUUUUGCAGCUGUAUGAUCUAAUCAAGAUGCCGACUCAAAGCGAGUUUCUGUUUUACAUACUGUGCUUUUGCAAAAGCGCUUCAGUUCCUUUUGGCGUCAUUGCAGUCAUACCUUACUGUGUUCAUGUAUUAAUCAGAGAUGAUGGGAGAAAACUCAGGUAAUGAACAUGUUUUCUUUUGUAACACCUUUUGCUGCAAUUUGUUGGAAAUUAUGUCAAAAUGUUAUUGCACAAACAUAAGCACUGAAAAUACAAUUCUAUGUGGAAAACCAAUGUAUCUUGCUCAGUGUAAUUAAUGCAUUGUCUCCUCUGAUCCCAGUGAUGAUGUAUAUUUUAGUGUAUUUCUUAGUAUUUAUUCUAAUAUUUACUUUUUUAAAGGUUAUUAGAAUUUGCAAUUAUUUUAUUAAGGUUAUUGCACAACUCUAAAACAUGAUUUAUUAACCCCCCAAAUAACAACCAAUUAAAAUGUAAGUUCGUUAUAUUGAAAAACACUUUGAAAAGACAAACAUUUCAGCAAAUGGAUGAUCAUCUUCUUUUUGUUAUUGCGCUGUAAAAAUACACUAUAAAUACCAUUUUACAAUGUAAUAAACAAUAAAGUCACCUCUUUGAACCA